AUAAGGCGUCGCGGAAACGAAGAGCGAAAAGUGCUUCUUCUUCGUCACUAUCGCUCUCUCCUGCACUUGCAUAGCGAUAAGCCAUGGCUGCGUCUACUUCAAUAUCGUUCCUCAACCAGAGUCCCUUUCUGGGUUCCUCCCAAAAUCUUCUCUCGGUCUCAAACUGCCCUAAAUCCGUCGGAACAGUCCCAAUGCAGCGGCCACAGCGCCAGUCUCUCUUCGCCGUCGAAGCCCAAGUCAGAACCAGGAGAGAAGACCGGCUCGCCCGCCAUUCUCGCAUCAGGAAGAAGGUUCAGGGGACCCCGGAGAGGCCGAGAUUAUGUGUAUUCCGUUCCAACAAGCACCUUUAUGUCCAGGUGAUUGAUGACACUAAGAUGCACACGCUUGCUGCAGUAUCAACGAUGCAGAAGCCCGUCUCCGAGGAAUUCGACUGCAGUUCUGGUCCUACCAUCGAAGUGGCAAGGAGAGUGGGUGAAAUCCUCGCGAAGUCAUGCUUGGAGAAAGGAAUCACGAAGGUAGCCUUCGACCGGGGUGGAUAUCCCUAUCAUGGACGUGUGGAAGCUCUCGCUGAAGCAGCCCGAGAACAUGGUCUUCAAUUUUGAAUUCUGGUUUUUGUUCAUUCUGAUCGUCUUGUCUUUGUCAAGAGAACUCUCGAUUCAAAUGCGAAUACAUCAGUAUAUGUAUUGGAUUUGCUCCCUUUUCAGCUCAUUGCAAAUGAGAUGCAGCAAUGAUUUCCGCA